CACAUCCCUAAGGUUCAAGCAAACGAGGGAACUUGCAAUGGCGGACGAGGGUGCUUCCCCCCGCGAACUGAUCCUCGAAGCUUGUCGUCGCAACAACACUUCUCUCCUUGAGGAAACCAUAGCAGAUCUUGAGGCAACGGCGAAGAAACAAGGAAACAAGAACCCGGCUGACUAUGUGGCCGAUGUCCUGAAUAAGGCCGCUGAUGGCGUGGGUAACGGUUGUCUGCAUGUCGCGGCCACCUAUGGAAGUUACGAGAUUCUCGAUCUCCUCCUCGAUCAAGAAGGGAUUCAAAUCGACGAAGUUGAUCGGAUGGAGGCAGACACACCCCUGCACAAAGCCGUACGCUACGUAAACUCGCUCGAUAAAUCUGAGUGGGAGCCUGUUGGCCACCCAAUCGUCGAUAUUCUGUUGGAUGCUGGUUGCGACCCUAGGAUACGAAACAAGGCAAAGCUGAAGCCGGUCGAAUUAACGGAUCCUCGAAAUGCAGCACUGCGGAGCAUGUUGCAAAAGGGCGAGUUUGCCAUGACUGCUGGUGGCGACGUUGUUCAAGAUGACGACGACGGACCAACUGGCAGCGCAAGCGAUAGUGACUGAAGGAUACAUCACGUUAUUGGGGUUAUGAAGCUUUCAAAGCGGAUGGGACAUGAUUUGAUAGUUCUCUCGAUUGCAUAUUCGAAGCAUACCAGCUCUCUCUCCUCGAACGCUCGAGUUCGAGCUCGAGUCUAUGCUUUGUACUGCCGAUGCGAUAUUGCCGGCGACCAUAGCUUGAAUACAGGAUUAGCUGGCUUUCGAGUAUAUGCCAGUGCACGAAUGUCGUACAUUAAUUCCAUCUUCUUCUCGCAGAGAUUUGCAUUCCUCAGAGCACUUUUGUCCCUCAUAGCCCCCCAUCAUGAUUUC